AUGCUGAAUUCGCUCGAGGCGCUUGCCGGCAAGAUUUCGCCCGGUUCGGGCAAGAACUCGCCAUCCGCACCGAACGGUGCUACGGGUGAGCUGCUCGACAGCAAUGGCAACAACAAGCUGCUGAGCGGGUACCAUCACCGGACCAAGCUGCCCUACCAGAAGCCCGGCCUCAGCAACAAUAAUAACAACUGCAAUGUGGUCAACAACACGCCGGCUGCGGCUGGAAUCGUUCCUGCGCCUGGUGGCGUUGCGCUCCCGGUUGGACUGCUCAGUCCGCAGGCUAUGGCCAUGCUUGGGGUCGGCACCAAUGGCGGAUCCGGAGGCAACACCAGCAGCCUUAGUGGCCAUGGUGUUUCCACUGCUGCAGCAGCCGUUGUGGCCGCCAUCGCGAAUACCGCCAACAGCCAUCGGACGGCAAAUGGGACCAGUGAAGCCAUGCUGGUGGACGACGUGCAGCUAAUGGGCGUAUCAUCGAAGGAAAAUGCCAUUAUGAACAUGAACAGCACCGCCAGCAUCAGCGCGAACGUCCCCAGCAUGAGCCUCAGCCCCGGAAGCAACAACAAUAACAAUCAUACCCUGAACAACAACAAUCCCAAGGUGAUAAACAACAACACGGCAACCGUGGCUGGCUCCGAUGUGGCCAGCAAGGCGUCACCGUGCCAAGACCAAGAGGAGGAGGUCGUAGGUGACCAGCCCGACCCGGACUACAUCAAGAUGUUCGUCGGGCAGGUUCCGCGUUCGAUGGACGAGCAGCAGCUGAAGGAGAUGUUCGAGGAGUUCGGGCGCGUCCAUCAGAUCAACGUGCUGCGGGACAAAACAUCCGGCCAGAGCAAGGGGUGCUGUUUUGUGACGUUUUACACGCGAAAGGCUGCCCUCAAGGCGCAGGACGCACUGCACAACAUCAAGACGCUCGUCGGGAUGCACCAUCCGAUCCAGAUGAAACCAGCCGACAGCGAGAAUCGAAAUGAACGCAAGCUGUUCGUCGGUAUGCUAAGUAAAAAGUAUAACGAGAACGAUGUUCGGCAGCUCUUUUCGGGUCAUGGAACCAUCGAAGAGUGUACGGUGUUGCGUGACCCGUCCGGGCAGAGUAAAGGCUGUGCUUUCGUAACAUUCGCUACCAAACAGGCUGCGAUUGGUGCAAUUAAGAAUCUACACCAGAGCAAAACGAUGGAAGGCUGCUCGGCGCCUCUAGUGGUAAAAUUCGCCGAUACGCAGAAGGAAAAGGAUGCCAAACGAAUGCAACAGAUGCAGACGAAUCUGUGGAGUAUGACGGGCAUCAAUCAACCGAUCACGCAGUCGGUAACGCCCCUGACCGCAUCCGCCCAUCCGAACCCACCGCAGCAGCAGACACCGUUUCUGGCGGCCGAUGCCAUCUCCCCACCGCUGACGUUGUUGCAGCAGCUGCAAGCCGUAGCGCAACAACAGCAUCUCCUGCAAGGACUAAGCGCUCAGACUGAUACGACCUCCGCCGCCGCCGCAAGCCUUCUCGCACCCAUCUCCCUGCAGAAUUUGGUGACACUAGCAGGAAUCACGCAACCCUCGCUGCAAACUGCCGCCGCAGCUGCCGCUCAGACACCAGCGACGGCCAUCAGCAAUGCAGCGACAUCUUUGUCCGGUCUGUUAGGGAAAACAGCAACGUCAGGGACUACCGGAGCAGACACAGCCAACAACCUGACUUCGUACGCCGCCUUACCGCAGUUUGGCGCAGCAGCAGCCACUGCAGCAGCAUUCACCCCGACGCCUUUAACCACACCGACGCUAGCACAAGCGGUGGCUGCCGCCGCAGGGAAGCAGAUUGAAGGUCCAGAAGGUUGCAAUCUGUUCAUUUACCAUCUACCGCAGGAAUUCACCGAUACCGAUUUGGCCUCCACAUUCUUUCCAUUCGGCAACGUCGUCUCGGCGAAGGUUUUCAUCGAUAAGCAAACAAAUCUAUCGAAGUGUUUCGGGUUUGUGUCGUUCGACAACGUUUCGGCGGCCCAGGCUGCCAUUCAGGCGAUGCAUGGGUUCCAGAUCGGCACCAAGCGGCUGAAGGUUCAGCUUAAACGCUCGAAAGAUGCCUCUAAACCUUACUAGGAUUUGGGGCAGUUGGCGGCGACAGCGAAUGCGCAACUGUUGAAGUGCUGCGCAGCUGCCGUUGCCGCCGCCACCAUCAUCGCAAGUGCAACAAUCAACCAUCGAACCAAUGUCUCCAGCGGAAACCACGGCAGUACCAGCAGUAGCAUCAGCUUUGUCACCACAAAGAACCUCAAACUUACCACCAAACCUAACGGGAGACCAUUAGGAGUCGUAAGUAAAUCGUGAGAAUAUACGAUUACGAAACGAUUCAGCAGCAAACAAAUGGGUUACUAACGGACUAGGCUGUAUUCUUCGACAUGGCCAGCAUUGGAAUAGAUCCUUGACAAAUCCAUACUGCAUAUACCCAAGCACCUUGAACAACACCGCAGUAAAUAUCGUGGAUAGAAGUCUCUAUUGUACCUAAUCGCACAGAUGCUACGAUUAAGAGAAAAGUGUGUUUCCCAGAUUGAGCUGUUAGAGUUAUUUCUCAUGUUUGUAUUUGAUUCGGUUGGUUUAUAAGUUUGUGGGUCGGUAUCAGCCAUAUUCGAUCGAAGUAAUUGUUCGAUUAUUCCGAAACAGCUAAAAUACCGUGAAUUGACAGUGCUGUAUUAAUUUAUAUCGUACGUAAAUGUGGUAAAAGAUAUACGAGAGUUUCCAAACGCAAAAAAGCAGAAGAUUUUGUGCAAAUUAUGCAAUCAACUUUUCGCUUAAAAACAAACGUAUGUUUAAUGCCUGGAGCAUGCUUGUGAUUUUGGGUGGCGUAAAAGAUUCAACUAAUUUUCUUGAAAUUUGGCCAUUUUUUGUUUACUUUUUUAUGUUGCAUUAUUCGAACUGCUAUAUUUUAUAACUUUACAUGUUUUCAUUUACGUUUUUGCCUUCAUCAUAUAUAGUUAAGUUUUGAAAUUAUUGCUUUUGAAUUUGAUGUUUACUUUCUUUGUUGUUUGAUUUUUUUUUGUUUUUCUUUGAAUGAUUUAGAGAUUUCAUAAACUAAACAACUUGCAUUCAUCAAGUUAUAGCUCACGAAAAUUUUCAUUUGAAACAUCCAAACUAUACCUAUAGUAAAAAGGAGGUAUAUUUAGUCACAGAACAAAAUACAUCGUUUCUUCUGACGAAAUACAUAACGUAUUGUUCUUGUUUCUGAGACUAUUCGUAUCCACUUCCUAACGAAGUGGCAUCAUACGUUUAUAUACAUCCACUUUAUACAAUAACAGAAACACUAUAUUUUAUGUGAUUUAAUUUCUUGAUUCUUUUGUCGAUUGAUCUUAUCAGUUCAUCUACAUUUUAGCCAUGAACAUUAUUCUAGAAGUUGAAACACGUUAUUGUUUAACAAACUUAAGUAUAUUGGAGUUUCUGACAGCGUUGGGAUUUCUUUAUUUCAUAUUCUUUAACAAUAUCUUAACUAAAACCAUGUUAUACGUUGCACAAUUUUUUUUGAAUCACAAAUGCGCACUAAAAUGAAAAGUAGUUCAACACUUGCAAAAAUAGAACCUUUUUGAUUAUAAAACAACGUGAGAAUAAAAAUGAGUUCAGCCAGACAGGAGCUAGCGAGCUUUAGCAGAGCAGGAUCCUCUUGUCAAUAUUUUCUUACCUUAAUAUAUGUUCCUAUUGUCAAUCCUUUGAAUAGUGGAUCAUAAUUAGAUGCGGAAAUUGAAUUUGAACGAGACAGUAGAGGCAUACGAUUCUCUAUAGCUGUGUUAAUGUAUCGAAAGAUCAACGUUUGUUCGAUGUUUUUUCCGUACUUACCGUUUUCGUAUCUGUAAACGUCAGUGGUUUGAUUGAUAUACGAAGUAACUGUAACCAUUGUAUCAGGAUAAUGCGGAGGAAUCAGACAGGCAUGGAUCAAGCUGCCCCCUCAGAGUACAGGGAGGUUCGCUUGGUAAACGAUCGACAUUUGUUUGGGAAAGUACUAAAAAAUCAGAGCGUUUUAUAUGUAAGAAGAUGAAUCACUAUGUUAUGCUGCGUAUUACAUGUGUAACUAUUUAUGUAUAAUCGAAUUAUAUGUCAUUUUUUCAUCCACUAGUUCGUUUCGUCGUAUCCACAUCAUGGUAGCAUACGGGAACAGUUCCGUUAUAUUGGUUUUCCAUUGCAAGCAUCGGUGCAAACAUUUGCUUCUAUUACCAUCCAUCAAUGGCCCUCCCACGCCUCAACUAUCUCGUGCUCGUUCGCUUAUGAUAUCCUAACCACCUGUCAAUCGAUUUCACCUAUCUGCACACAAAAAAAAAAGACAAAUUUCAUAUUUCAUUGCGCCAUGCUUAGUAAUUGUUAUAAUGUGAAUUUGCAAACUAAUUAAAUUGAUAAAGGUGCUUGGUAGUUCCUUUGUGUUUGCUAAGGAAAAGUAAAAUACCCGUUAUAUGCCAAUUAGGCAUCGAUCCAACUGCUUGAAUCGCUGUAUUAUGAGCCCAACUCAUGUUUCAAACCCCAUUGAAUCAAUCCACUGGAAUGUAGACAAUGGAAUGUGUAACGGCCGAGCGAGUUUCGACCAGAUGGUGCAUGUGACGAAUUUGUAUGGCUUUCAAGCCGUGAUUGUUUAUGGCGGCAUGUCAUUUGAUCCCUGAUCUACUACCUUUGCAAAAGGAUAUACAUAUUCAUCCAAACCAACAAGCGCGAGGUGUUUGAGGAUAGGGAAUCAUAAAUCCGACACUAUCCACGUACAGCAUGAAUUCUCACUAUAAUUAGCAAGAGUGAAGCUACUACCAUUCAUCGGCUACGGUGCCGUUGGGUGUUGGGAGAAGAGCAAGUUCACACAUAUCCGGUCAAUAUCAAUUUUCAUUAGCGCGGAAUUAGCGCUAUGUGAGUAAUGAAAUAUCUCGAUGUGGUAUGGUCCGCUGGAGGAGCUUCGUCGAUUUUGAAAGCAUCAAUAGUGUUUAUCUCACUUCGAGCGCACUGUUCUUCGUUUAAUCUUUGGACCCAAAAUGACCACUAUCCGUGAAAGCUGAAAUCAUGGCUUUUCAGUGCUGCGUUUACUCGUGAAAACGAAGGCACAGCGAAAACAAUGAUCCAACAGGCGAAGGAAAUUGAUACCAAAUAGGUGUGUCUAAGAAGAUAAACAAAGACGUGGCGAUGUGUGGGAUUGUGCUGCAGCUAGGAAAAGCACGUAAAGGCUGCAGAGAGGGUCAUAUGUAUGUAGCUUGGAGCGCCUGUGAACGCAUGUUGUGUACUGCAUCAAAGUUGUGGUGCGUGGGCGAGGUGCAAAUGGGAACAGUAGGCGACGAUAGUUACCUCUAAUUUAAACCCAUUGAUUAUGAUUAAUUAUUUAAUUAUGUAAAUCCAAUAAGCCACGCACGCGCGCGAACAUUGCUAUUCGCUCCUCGGAGCAUGAAAAUGAUGACAGUACACUGGGAGUCUUUCAUCAUUCCUCUCCCGAAUCCUUAUGUUCGCCCCAAACCAUCGAAGCGGUUCAUUAGGUGUUAAGUUUUGGCAUCACUUUCAAUUAGCCCCAUAGGUGGUGGAAUGCUGCGAUAGAAAUUUGAUACAUUUGAAUUAAAGGCUCCAUACUUCAAGGCGAGACUGAUUGUUUGUGCCGCACACCUUUGAACUACAGCAGCCUCAAAGUUCUUUGUUUAGAUGAAAGUUGGUGCAAUACAUACCCAACGUUACCAGCUACGUAAACUAGUUUGAUUGUUUCGAUUUACCUGGAAUGGGAAGGACUUUAAUUGUGCUCCAUCAUUACAGUCGAGAUCAAAAUCCAAAAUCCCGUCCGCUACUAGGCGAAAGUUAUCAAAUUACUCUUUUUUCGUUCCCUAUUUUGUGUCCGGAAAUUGGAACAACGAUUAGUAAUUGCAGUAAAAGACUCAAUACCCGUCACAGUCCGAAAGCUAAAGCGUGUGUCCGCAGUGUACUGCAAAACCAGCCCAAACUAAUGACUGAAUAAUAUUAAAAAGGGAAAAAAUACAACAAAGAACGCGUGUAACCAUGAAAUCAAUUUUUCAAUAAAUUGUUAACAGAGCUGUAUCGGUUGUAUGGCUGACGAGGAAACAAUGUACAUGUUAUAUGUAGGAUAAACCAAUUGAACGCAAUGAGCGAUGCACUACGGCAGACCGAGUUUCGAAGUUGCGUAGAGCAUACAUGAAAUUCAUCAUCAUAGGUCAUCUCGUUCAUUAUCUUAAUGUACAGUGUAUAUUUGCAGUCUCGUGCAAAACGUAACCGUAUGUGAAUCAUAGGCAGCACGGCAAGAAAACGGCAGAAACCAAAUCUUUUGUAUUAUUAUUAAACUCGUGAGUAAGGACAUUCAAAGCAGCAGUAGUGUUUUCGAAUACCACUAAUUUCAGGGUAGGUAUGUGGAAGAGCACGAAUUCGGUAGCCAAACAACACUAGUAAUAAUUUUAUCCGUCACCAUUUUGUAACCAUUUUCUUUACUUUGUUAAGUUUUUCGUAGCCUGCAAAUUUUCAUCGUCACCAGUUUUAUUUGCAUGCUUUCCGAUUCUCCUGUAAUCUGCUUGUAAUUGUUAGCUAGGUAGUUCGUAGUGUUCAGCCAAUAAUGCAGAAAUCCACUCUCGCGUGUCAUUCCCGAUAUUCGGUGCUUUGUAAUGUUUCCGCGGAUUAUUGUUUAGUGUGUCGAGGGAAAAGUGCGAGGUGCUGUAUACCGUGCUAGGUCCGCAAACGAUCAGAGGACUCUAACGGGAAAAGGAAUCUAACAAUAACGUGGAACAUAAGCAAACAAAAAACGACAGCUCGAAACGAAGCACAUUGGUAAUCGUGAGACUUCUGUAAAUGAUGUAGAGAUGUGAACAAAAUGUUGAGCUAUAUAUUCAAGGAUGCACGUGAUUAUAUGUAUAUUUGGUCCUUUGAUUUAAUGGUGUCGCUUUUUUCCCGUGUGAUUGUCAAUGCAUAGAAGUAUUGCAGUGAAAAAUGGACGCAAGUUUAUUAGUUGAUCAUGAUCAUGUAUAGAGUGUGUAAAAGGAUCAAAAAUGGAAAGUAGAGAAACUUUCCGCGUCAUGUAUUUCAAAAAGGAUGAAAUAUGUUUGCUGUAGGAAUCACACACACACACACACAUUCACGCAUACAAAGCGACACAAGAAAUACUAAAUGUGCCAGUUUAUAGGAAAAUGUAAAAUGAAAAGAAAAAAGUAUAAAAAGAUGCAUUCACCACAAAGCAAAGAAGCAACUGCAAAUGAAAAUUAAAUAAGGUGAGCAGAGUGUAAAUCAGAGUUGAGAAAAAGUGCGCACCUGAGGGAGGCGUAUAAAAAGAUGUGAAAAAGUCUAUUAGCAAAAACAGAAGCAAAAUUCGAUUUAAAAGAAACGAAAAAGAGAAAAGAAGAAAAACUUAACUAUAUAUUAUAUACACUAGGUACUUAUAUAUGAAUAUAUAUUAUAUACAACAGAAGAAGAUGAGAGGAAGAAAAUGUACACGAGAGGAAAGAGGAGUAAAGUGUCGUAGCUAUCGUUUCUUUUUGUAAGUACGACGUUUUCUGCGUGCAAUUCCCGCGUUUUUAGGCGAUGAGUAAAUUUUUUCCCCAAAGAAGCCGCCUUAGAAACAAGGGAACCGAGAGAAGAGCUUUUCUCUAGCGCCUGAAAUUAUGUUUUUUUGUAUCGCGGAUCACUUUUUAUAGCUUCGCCUAUGGCAGACAAAAUCACUUUCCUUCUUAUUUAUCGCACAAGCUCCCUUCGUGUCGUUUUGUUUGAUAAAAGAGUUCAAUAGUCUGUGCCUUUUUUGUACAACAACUGAGCCAAAUUCUCAAACCACCACAGCUAGCCAAAACAAAAAUUCAACCGGACAUAAACUAAUUCACAAUAGACGAACGCAUCUGCAAAUGUGUUUCUUUUCCUUAUUUGCCUCGCUUUUGUUUGAAUGUAGCGUUUCUAUGUCCAUGCUCAUUUUCGGAGCCUUUUCAAAGUUGAUCCGCCAGUUUCCCGCAAUCAGCGCCCCUUUUUAUCUUAGCGCAACGGCCAGGAAAGGGAAAAUCGUACCGCCUACUUUUUCCAUCAGCUGAUUCUUUGCUCCUUCUUCUUCAACUGCUUCUGUAUGGUUCUAUUAUUUGUUUACUUUGAAAUUUGAUAAGAAUAAACUUUUCCUUUCAUAAAAACUCGUGAAAUUACAAAA